CACUGAAUGCUGACAUGGCCGCGUCCAUCGCGCUGAGAUUGAUUUCUUGGUUCUGUGUUGUUUGUCUUCUUUUGGGGUUUUUAUUUUCUUCGGCCGCCGCACUAAUUGAGGGACUUUACUGCGGCACUCAGAGCUGUUAUGACGUUUUAGGAGUCGCCCGAGACUCAAGUAAAGCGGAGAUCGGACGCGCUUACCGCCAGCUGGCCCGAAGAUAUCACCCGGACAAAUAUCAGCCCGGAGACAGCGACGACACGCGAGACACUGUACAUCACAAGUUCUUGCUAAUCGCCACUGCUUACGAGACACUCAAGGAUGAAGAGUUACGGAAGGACUACGACUACAUGCUGGACCACCCAGAGGAAUACUACAGUCACUAUUACACAUACUACAGGAGAAGAAUUGCUCCCAAAGUGGACGUAAGGAUAGUGAUUCUCGUAACUGUUUGUGCAAUCUCAGUGUUUCAGUAUUACAGUUGGUGGAGCAGCUACUCGGAAGCCAUCAAUUACCUGAUGACUGUUCCCAAGUAUCGAAUCCAGGCCACUGAACUGGCAAAGCAGCAAGGUCUUCUGAACAAAACCAAAGAGAAGGGCAAGAACCGGCGAUCCAAAGAGGAGAUCCGUGAGGAAGAAGAGCAGAUCAUCAGAGACAUCAUCAAGAACAAGAUAGAUAUCAAGGGGGGCUAUCAGAAGCCAAACGUAUCUGAUAUCCUCUUGUGUAAAAUCAUUCUGUUCCCCUACUAUCUAUGCUCCUACAUAGCAUGGAACUGUUUGUGGUUUUACCGUUUCACCAUCCGUAGGGAGGAGUACGGGGACAAGGAGAAACUUUACAUAAUACGCAAGAACAUGAAGAUGUCACAGGCUCAGUUUGAUAGUCUGGACAAUAACAUGAUAGACACUUUUCUGAAGAAGCAGCUCUGGAUCAAACAAAACUUUGAGUCCUACAGAGAGGAGCAAGAGGAGGAGAUGAAGAUGAAGAUGGCUUCAGACUCACGAUGGAAACGUUACAGGCGCUGGAUGAAGAGCGAGGGACCUGGCCGCAUCACUUUUGUUGACGACUGACCUCACGCACAUUAUAGAUGCACUUCAUCACAGAUACACUUCAAAAAGCCUGAGCUUGCUUGUGCGUGAAUACGUACAGCUCUGUUUACAAUGGACCGAAAAUGUGCAUGUGAUUUAUAAGGAUGCCUUUUAAGAUGUAAGGCACUAAAUUAAGAGCGGUUUUUACGUAUGAAGGGUCAUUUCACUUUGCUGUAAUGGCAUAAGAGGAAAUAUUGAGGCCGGUCCUGUGUUCAAAUCAUAAAAUAAUCAAAUAAAGUGAAAUUUUUAUCACAUACAACAUAAACCCAUUUGCAAACUGUUUGUUUUAAAUAUUGGAGCUCUCCCUCUCUCAGUUCGAUUUAAUUCAAUGUGCUUUAUUGGAUAACAUAAAUUGAACUAUAACAAUAAAACAGUACAACAUGAAAACAGUAAUGGUUAUACAGAAAUAAAUUGGUCUCAAUACAUUACCACAUUAAUGUAUUAUGCUUUUAGUUCUGGUGGUCCCUCAGGUUAUUAUUACAGGAUACAAAAUAUCAUCAAAUCAUUCUUUUUCACCUAGAAUAAAAAAAAACAAAAAAAAAAUUGUGUUUGGGUACAUUCAUUGAAGUCAGAGGAGAUAUUGUUAAUUUUGUGAUAAUAUUUGUUUUAAUCAAAGGUUCCAUUGAGAGCACAGUCUGUCUGCUGCGGGCCAUCUCUGUACAUCGUCAGUACUUUUCUUAACUUUGUCAGUUACCAUGGUCAGACAGUUUGCAACAGUCUCCUCUUGAUUUAAUGGCAAAUAGCAUUCCAAUUUGUGUUGAGUUUUAAUAGUGUUUGUCCAGUACAUGAUGUACCUCUGUUUUUCCUUUUCUUUGUGUAUAAUUUGAUUAGACCGAAUGUUUGUUAGUGUGCGGUUGUCCUGAGACUGGCCAAUCUCAUCAGAGUUCAGUCAGUUUGAAUCAAAUGCUCUUAAAAUUUACUAAAACAAGCAAAAAUUGGACUUUCAAUUUGAUGUAAAUUUUUAUAAAUUUGGGUCUGUAUGGUGAAAAUGUGAUCAGAUGUGCAACAAUUUGAAGGCAAUCCAAUUUGACAUUUACUCAAGGUACUCGAAGAAUUAACUUUUUAAAUUGUUGAGAAUUUUUUAAUUUUCUUAUUGCUAAAGCAGACAGCAACUCUAAACAGGUAAACCGCACCUAUUUAUUAUAGAUUUUCUAUUUUAAAAGUAUUGACAAGCAGCUUAAAAUAUGUUCUAUUACAGUUUUUUUUUUUUUUGCUAAAUAAUUUUGAUUUUUGGGCAGCAAAUAUUUUUUUAAUAAUUUCAUUAGAUUGAGUGGCCAGACAUCAUGGUGUCAUGAUCAAUUGUGUCUGCUCAUAAAAUAUGUGUCCCAAGUGGGUAACCAAUCAGGACACAAUGUUUUUUCCGUCAUAAUUGCUGAUGAUCAUAAAAGAUUGUAAGGUGUGUGUAUAUAUGUAAAAUAUUUUGUAUUAUUGUGGUUCAGUGAUUCUGUAGCAGAUAACUUGCCAAAUGUAAGCUAACUGAAAAACACAGAAAAAGAAAUGUUUCAUUUCACGAUCUAUAGCUAUGGCAAUAUACUAUGUGCAGCAAGUUAUUUAAAAGUCAUCAAAUGUCAUAUUUACAAAGUUAUAUUGACAUACAGCAUACAAUAAUUUUGUAGGAUUUUUGUUCAGGCACUGAAUAUACUACUACUCAUUAGAAGUCCUAUGAGCCAAUGGAAUCACUAGAAAUUGCAAAAAUUCUGUUAACUACAUAAAAAGCUAUGAAUGGUCAAGCACCGCAGUACUUAAGUGACCUUCUGUCAUGCUAUAUUCCAUUACGUUCAUUAAAAUCACAAAAUUCUGGCCUGUUAAUAGUUUCUAGAAUAUCAAAAUCCACAAAAGAAAGUAGAUACUUUCUCCUAAACUAUGGAAUAGUCUCCCUAACACUGUUCGAGUUGCAGGCAGACACACUCACUAAGUCUAGACUAAAGACUCAUCUAUUUAGCCAGGCAUAUGCCUAAUUUAUCCUCCAACUCACAAUUAGGCUGCUUUAGUUAGGUCUGCUGGAACCAGAAACAUUUCUCAUCAAUUAAAAUUGAAUAAAUUGAAAGGCAUUUAUUCUAAUAUUAUUCUUUUUGUUUCCCUUUUCAACCUCGGGAUUCAUAUCACGAGGUUACCAGAUUCGGCCAGAUCCAGCUCUGUUCCUGCUUUGUGACUACUGCUACGUGUCGCUGAGUGAUGAUGACAAACUACAGCUGGUACUAGACAGCCAUCACUUCUGUCUUUUAUGAUUGGCUUUAGAGAAUGAACUGAUGCCAACUGUAAGACAUUGGAUACUUUAUAUGCCAAUGCCUGAAACAUGGACCCCACUGAACCUUACCAAAAUGACCUGCCGGUUUGAAAUGCGAUGCACAUAAUUGAUCUCUGCCUGCAUUCCCUUUGCUACUGAUGGACUACACUCUUGAAAUGGAAUACAUAGACUAUCAAUUAAUUGCAGACUAACAAAGGACAAUGCAUAUGUGAACUUCUGCAGCUAAUCCAGGAUGGACUUUAAAUACAUUAGUCAUUAAUCUCACAGUUCAUACAAAAUCUUUGUUUAAACACUGGCCUUAACUUUACAUUUACGCAUUUGGCAGACGCUUUUAUCCAAAGCGACUUACAGUGCACUUAUUACAGGGACAAUCUCCCUGGAGCAACCUGGAGUUAAAUGCCUUGCUCAAGGACACAAUGGUGGUGGCCGUGGGGUUCGACCCAGUGAUCUUCUGAUUAACAGUUAUAUGCUUCAGCCCACUACACCACCACCACUCCUAUUGUAACUUUUAUUAUACAAAUUUUACACAAAUAAUUAAUAUUGGCAUUAUAUUCAUGCUGUUUAGCCUAUGUUUGUUUAGGGGAACUGGCCACCACAGUGAGUCUGGUUUCUCCCAAGAUUAAUUUUCUCCAUUAACCAACAUCUUAUGUAGUUUUGUGUUCCAUGCCACAGUUGCCUUCGGCCUGCUUUCUGGGGUUCUAAAUACAAUUAUUAUUUAAUUAUUUAUUUUUAUACUCAAUUUACAGUCAUAUUUAAUCAAACUACACAAUGAUAACUAAGACUUUUUAGAUAUUACAGUUUCAUAUUCUGCUAAAGUACGAUUUUCUGUAUGCUGCUUUAAAACGAUGUGUGUUGUUAAAAGCACAAUACAAAUAAAAAUGACUUUACUAUGACGUCAGAUGAGGACUCAACUCAUCACAACACCUGUUUACCCAGGACAGUUCCGGUUUUAAGAGAUGUGUCCUGCUGUCCUGAAAAUUCUCAAAAAAAUGUAGGCCUAAUUAUGUCCUAGUUUAAGCUGACAUUGCCACUGAUUUGUUUCUUCAUAAAGUAAAUCUCAUUGACCUUCUAGCCAUUGUCUCUGGUAUCGUUUGCAGAGAAGAGAAGCAAUUUUGUUGCAUCGCACGUUGAUUUGACAAUACUUUCAUCCUAGUCUUCAGCAAAUCAGAUGAAAUGUAUCUGGUUACCAUGGAAAUGACGUCAUGUGCUUGGUGCUCACGCUCUAUUUCGUCCUGUCAGUCAAAUGGCCAAAUAAAAAUCAGUUUUCAACAGCUAGCUGAAAGAAGCCGAUCCAUUUCUUCGUGCAACGUGAAAAUGUUAGAGAGGUUUUUUCUGUCACUGUGAAAGUUCAUUUUCCCACGAGUACGAAGGUAAAUCAGACAAUGUCAUGUUCAGACAACUGCACUUUUUUACAUAGUACAAGCAUUUCAAUGUUG